GGCGAAUCGCACCUCAUCCUCAUCCGCACACAUAACUACAAUACAACACUUCACUCUUCAGAUCUCACAUUCUCCCUUCGCCAUGGCCACACUCUUCGAUUCCCUCGCCGUCAGUCGCCUCCCUUCCGCCGCCUUCUCCCCCGUCGCCGCCCGCCGGACCUCCGUUAAGCUCCCGCACUGCGCCGGCCUCAAGCUCAGACCCGCCGCCACGCGCUUCGUCGCCUCCCCCACUCCCAAAACCGUCUCACGCGCCGCGCGUGUCGCCUGCGAGGCUCAGGAUACUGCUGUCGAUGUGGCUCCUAUUACUGAUGCAAAUUGGCAAUCGCUUGUGCUUGAAUCUGAAACUGCUGUUUUGGUUGAAUUCUGGGCACCAUGGUGUGGUCCCUGCAGAAUGAUUCACCCUAUAAUCGAUGAACUGGCAAAGCAAUAUGCAGGGAAGCUCAAGUGUUACAAACUUAACACUGAUGAGAGCCCUUCAACUGCUACAAGGUAUGGGAUUCGAAGCAUUCCAACUGUUAUGAUCUUCAAGAAUGGUGAGAAGAAAGAUACAGUUAUUGGUGCUGUGCCCAAGUCAACAUUGACCACGAGCAUUGAAAAAUUCGUAUGAGGUGGUAAGUAAAGAAGGCCUUUGCCAGAAGGAAAGCUGUUUUUUCCUAUUAGCUUCUUUUCUUCUAAGCCCAUGUCUCAGGUUUCGAUAAUUUGUUUAGUCAGAUACUUGUUUAUGCUUCUGUACAGUUAUCGGAUGCAACCUUAAUUUUCUGUUUUUAGAUUAUUCUAGUUAUCAAUAUGCUAAAUGAAUUUUCCAUUGAAUCA